UUUUGCAGGGAGCCACGUGACAGCGGCACGGCGGAGCGAGACCGUACUCUAAACCCGUACCGUCUCCAUCCUCGCGGAGCCGCGCAGAUGAAACGCCGGUCACCUUCAGCGCAGCAUCACGGGGAAGGGCCCCGUGUUUCCCUCGCGGCUUCCUGCGCUCCACCUGCGGACGGAAUGGAGGAGAAAACACCGACGAACCCGCGGGAACUCACCCAGAAUCCCCUGAAGAAGAUUUGGAUGCCGUGUAAAAACGGCCUCCCCGAAAAACACAUUUCUCAAAGAAAGGUAUGUAUGACCAACUGUCCCACCCUGAUUGUGACCGUGGGCCUGCCUGCCAGAGGAAAGACCUACAUCUCCAAGAAGCUGACGCGCUACCUCAACUGGAUCGGAGUUCCCACCAGAGAGUUCAACGUCGGACAGUAUAGGAGAGAGUUCGUGAAGAUCUACAAGUCCUUUGAGUUCUUCCGCCCGGACAACGAAGAGGGCUUGAGGAUCAGAAGACAGUGUGCCUCAGCAGCGUUGAACGACGUGCGACAGUACCUCACGGAGCAAAGAGGCCAAGUUGCGGUGUUCGAUGCAACAAACACCACCAGGGAGAGACGGGAAACCAUCAUCCAGUUCGCAGAGCAGAAUGGCUUUAAGGUGUUUUUUGUAGAGUCUGUGUGUGAAGACCCAGACGUCAUACAGGAGAACAUCGUGCAAGUGAAGCUGGGAAGCCCCGACUACACAAACUGUAACACAGAAGACGCGGUAGAAGAUUUCAUGAAGAGGAUUAAGUGUUAUGAAAACUCCUAUGAGACCCUGGAUGAAGUUCUGGACAGGGAUCUUUCCUACAUCAAAAUCAUGGACGUGGGGCAGCGGUACUCAGUCAACAGAGUGUUGGACCACAUCCAGAGCCGGAUCGUCUACUACCUCAUGAACAUCCACAUCACUCCGCGCUCAAUCUACCUGUGUCGCCACGGAGAGAGCGAGCUCAACGUCAAGGGUCGGAUCGGAGGAGACUCCGGCCUCACGACUAGAGGCAAAGAGUUUGCGAAGAUGCUGAACCAGUUCAUCCAGUCGCAGAACAUCAGUGACCUGAAGGUGUGGACAAGUCAGAUGAAGAGGACCAUCCAGACCGCAGAGGCUCUGAAUGUGCCCUAUGAACAGUGGAAGGUCCUGAACGAGAUCGAUGCUGGUGUGUGUGAGGAGAUGAUGUAUGAGGAGAUCCAGGACUACUACCCUCUAGAGUUUGCACUAAGGGACCAGGACAAAUACCGCUACCGAUACCCUAAAGGAGAGUCCUACGAGGACCUGGUGCAGCGGCUGGAGCCGGUCAUCAUGGAGCUGGAGAGGCAGGAGAACGUGCUGGUCAUCUGUCACCAGGCUGUUAUGCGCUGCCUGUUGGCUUACUUCCUGGACAAGACUGCAGAGGAGCUGCCGUACCUGAAGUGUCCGCUGCACAGCGUGCUGAAGCUAACGCCCGUGGCCUACGGCUGCAAAGUGGAGUCCAUCCGCAUCAACGUGGACGCGGUCAAUACACACAGAGAGAGACCUGAGAACGUAGAGGUGUCGCGGAUGUCAGAGGAGGCUUUGCUAACGGUGCCAGCUCACCAAUGAGGCAGUGCCCCCUCGACCCCACAUCCCCCACACCCCCCCUCCUCCGACCCCCCUCCUUUCUCUUACGCUUCAUUACGCACAAUGAACCCUCCAGACAACGUACCUUCCUAAAUCACUGAUCGAGUCUCUCGCCACUGUUCUUGUCUUCUGUUUUGCCUCGACUUGUAUCCUAAGACGUGCUGAUGGUGGCAAUUGACUGGAAUCCAGUUUCUAAUUUUCCGAUUAUUAAUCCUGUCACGGAUCUAUGGGUCGCGCACGUUCUCCUAUUUUUGGAGAAUAAAUGAAAAGCAGAUGAAGUUUUUUUUUUUUUUGUUGCUUUUAUUAUAAUUAUUAUUUUUUUUUUUUUUCAUCCAACUGUGAAGCAAUGAAACGCCAGCACCUUUUCUGUUGAAGCUUUGAUUACGAGUAGCUCAUGUUCUUAUUGAUCUGAAGUCAUUUUUAUCAUCAUGUUGACGUCUUGCCGGUGUCUCGUCACUUUAUAUUUUUGUUGGUUAUUUGUCAAGAAGCUCUAAUCUCAGUUUGACAGCACCGCACAACACAAUAAAGUUGUGCCUAUUCUUCUAUUUUGCACAUUAAAAAAAAUGAACUGUUUAGUCUUUUUUAGGAUGUCCAACAUUGUCUAAUGAUGCUCUUGGAUGUGCACAUAUACGCUGUUAUUUUUAUUGUUAAACAGUAUAUUCACAUCAGACGUAAAUAAGAGGAAGGUGUUUCUGUUCACUGUCUCUAAAUAAACUCCACUCAACCACUUCAUGAUUCCUCA